GGAGCAGCAGCGCAUGGAAACAACAGGGAGAAACCGACCAAGUGCAUACCGGUUGGUACCCUCUCAUCAGUUAGUUGCUCGUGGUUGUACUCACCAACCAACAUCCCGUGGUAGUGCUAGCUAGUACUCAUCACCAUCACCAACCAUUCAUGCUUCUAACAAUAGACGAGUAGAGGUAGUGGCUCUAGUCUAGUAGACAAACCACCAAAGGGCUUGUACCAAUAGCUUGAGCAUUGGGUUCGUCUUUACCAGUAGCGAGCUAGUAGACGGAACUCCACAAUAUUCCUGACUGUCGACCACCAUGGAAGAACGAUCUGCAGCAGGACGACGGCAAGCGUUGACGUUCAACCCAUUGCAAGACAAUCGGGAGGAUCUUUCGGCCUUUCUGAAGGGUGUUGUGCAACGGUAUGAAGUGUGGAAGACACACGCUUUGGCCAACAAUAGCAGCCAUCAUCACCCACAACACAACCAUCAUGGCGUAGCAUCAAGACAACAACAAGAAGUAGCAGGACGUUCCAAGUCUCCCGAAGUGAUAGUGUUGGAUCAUAGUGGCGACGAUGACAAGAAGUGUCCCGCUCUUCCUCGAACUGGAAAUGCUUGCCCUAAGCAGGUUGGUACAACUAGCAGUCGGAAGCGUCCGCGAGGCGCCUCCACUUCUGAUGCGACUACUACAUGUAUUGCUAGCAGUCAAAAGAAGAACAAAAAGACGACUGCCAAGGCCGUCUCCUUUUGUUCCUCCUUGGUCGGCGAUACAGCCGACCGGGCCACCAUCAUGACAGAAGAAGACGUGGAUCACACGACGGGCACCAGUCGCAAUACUCUACUCAAUAAACGAAUGCAGCGGAUUCGAGCGACCCGUGUGUCUCUCAAACGAGCCAAAUCGGUCGAUGUGCACAAACUCGAUCCGGAAUCGGUGGCACCUCCGAAUGAAACCGAAGAAGAACGGAAACGACGCAUGGAACGCGUCAAUGGACGACGCAAACGCGCCAAAAAGCUCAUCGAAAUGGAUCAUCUCAAUGAUCAAAUGAUGACACUGACACAAACCAAUACACAACUCAAACACGAAAAUGAAACGUUGCGACAUCACAUUACGACAGUUCGGCAAGCAACUGGCGAUAAACCAGCGUUGCAGGCAGCUGUUCAAGCGGCGCUCAAAAUCUUUCAGCCGGUUACGACUCAGGAGGCGAUUGAUGUGGAGGAAUCAACAAAAGAAGCACAACCAACACUCAUGCAACCACCCAAACCAAGGCUCAAGCAUCCACCUCCGACAACCACUCCUGCAACUGCCACAACAAAAUCACCAAGCGCCACGGCGGCAAGACAAUCCACAAUUCGUACACCAACACAAUCACGUAAUCCAGGAGCAGCUCCAAAGAAAUCAGCUCCGACGACAAUACGAACGCAACCAACGAAGCAACAAGCAUGUCAACCUGCCUUUCCAGGUCUCGGUGUGGCCCAUCCCAUGAUGUUCCCCACCACGAGGCAGCCGACGACGACGGCAAAGAAAUCAGCACCGACAACACCAAUGGAACCGACCCAGCAACAACCAACUUUCAUGGCUCCACCUGCCUUUAAAGGGCCCAGUGUGACCCACCCCGCGAUGUUCCCCACCAUGAUGCAACCAACAACAAUGACAACAACAAAGAAAUCAGCUCCGACAGCACCACCACACAUGCCAGCAAAGAAAUCAGCGCCGACAACACGAAUGCAACCAUCCCAGCAACCACCACCACCUUCUGUAGCUUUCAAAGGGCAUAGUGUGGCACACCCCAUGAUGUUCCCCACCAUGAUGCAGCCUACCACAAUGACAACAGCAAAGAAAUCAGCACCACCACACAUGCCAGCAGUUGCGCCAAAGGAAGCAGCUCCAACAACACGAAUGCAACCAACCCAGCAACAAUUACCUUCCGUAGCUCCACCUGCCUUUGCAGGUCCCAGUGGCGUGGCCCACCCCAUGAGGCAGCCGACGGCUACGACAUUACCGGCAUCCAAUCAUACCACACAUACACCAAUACGUAUGCCAGCAGCGGCUCCUCCAAAGGAAUCAACUCCAACUACACAAACGCAACCAACACAGCAACAACCAUCUUCUGUAGCUCCACCUGUCUUUGCAGAUCCCAGUGGUGUGGCCCAUCCCAUGAUGUUCCCCACCAUGAUGCAACCAACGGCGACAACCUUACCGGCAUCCAAUCAUGCAAUGCCAAAUGGUAUGCAACCUAAUAAUAAUGGCAUGCCCCUGCAACUGCCCAGCGGGAUGCAAGGAAUGCCUAUUUAUACGCAGGCUAUAGUGCUCGAUAAGGACGGAAACCCACAACCCAUUCUAUUGUUGCAACAUCAGCCUGUGGGAAUGACAGCAUCGCCUUCUUUGCCUUAUGCCGUGCCAUUUGCCAUGCCCAUGAUGGCACCAGGGACCAUGAGUACGAAUACUACUUCUGCCGCCGCCGCCGCCAACACUACGGCUCCUCAACAACUACCACCAAUGGCGACGACGACUCUUCCAUCGCGCGCAACUACUGCCAACACGCUUCCAACCAACAAUGAUCUCCGUGCCAACUCUCCUGCUGCUUCCACGCUUCCAGCAAACAAUCCCCAUGCCCGUGCUCCCGUCACGGCGCGUACGGCUACGCUGCCGACAUUGAAUAAUACACGUACACACGCCGCAAGUACAUCCAGGCAGAGGGAACCAACGUCGACCAAUCGAAGAACCAUGGAUCCGGCGUUGACGGCAUUGGCGGCUAGAGCCUUAGAUCCGACCAUCGCCUCGGCUACUCCUCCUGGUUCGCCCUUUUAUCCUCCCAGUGUUCGAAUGGCCGAGGCGUCCGAUGCCAGCGAUGCCUCCUCUCGAACUAAAAGCACAUGUAGUAGUAGUAGGAACAAGAAACGAAAUGCACCGGCACCACCGGCGGCAAGAUCAGAUCCUCCUGGACACCAGUCUGAGUACCUGUAUCCGAAACGCCGAAACGCACGAACAUCAUCCGCGGGAGGAUCCAGUGGAAGUGGAAGGAUACUGCCAACUCCUCGAAAACCAGAUGCCCCGGAAGAACGAGUACUGGGCGUGCCGCCGGUCAUCCGCACCAAGCACCUCAGCUCGGCAACGUCGGCUUCGGGAGCCACAUCGGCGUCAGGAGCCACUUCGGCUUCGGGAGCCGCCGCAUCGGCGUCGGGAUCGGCGUCAGGCGUCACCUUGUCAUCGUACUCUUCGUCCUCAUCCUCCGAGUGGGAAGACGGAUCGAAACGGCAACGACUCAAACACAAGAACAAGAAGAAACGCCGUCAAGUAUAUCCUUCGCUCCGCAAUUACAAUGCCACGACGAAGAAAUCGGUCUACCCCAAGUUGGGAACUUUUGCUGUCCCGUCACAAAAGUCGUCGUCGCAACAAAAGCAGCGACGACGACAGCAAAGGAGACAGCAAAAGUCGUCUCGACCGGCACGAGCGUCGUCAUCUGCAUCUGCCCCGACGGGAAUAGAUAUGCAUGGCUUGGCGGCACGCGAUUUGACCAGUGCCUUGGUGGCUACGGCAGCGGCAGCCUGCGAUGGACACGAAGCCGAAGAAACCUUUCGAAAGGCCAUGCGGAUUCACGGGGUUUGCGAUUUGGAGGACAUGCCCACGGACGAUCUUGCUACGACCAAUAGUAUCCUGGUUCAGAUGCAACCAAAGGAGAAGAAGAAUAAGGCAAACACGAGCAGCAGCAAGAAGAUGCCACCGCCCAAGGCUCGACCACAGCAUCGGUCGUUUGAUCCUUGAAUAUAAUGAAGGUCCAUGGCUACGUGGACAGCGCAGCUUUAUGGGUAACUCUACAUGAGAUUGUUUUCAAAGCUACUAGUAUUCCACAAAUCGCCUGAUCGAUUGUCACUGCUUCUAGUAGCUAGCUACCGUUUGCUUUUCG